CCAAGCGAUUCCCCUAUUAUAAAUUGUUACCAUAAUGUCUAGGGUUGUUCUCACAACCUUAUAAUACCAUCACAAUACCAUACAUAAUAUAACCCCAAUAUAUUACAAAUUUAAAUACCCCAUUACAUGGUGUUGGGCGUCGUUCUCAUGAGAAAGAGUUUAUUAUUGACAAGAUUAGCCUUCAAAUUAUCUAUUGACAUUUUCAUUUCAGGUCAUUAUCAUAAUUAUUAUAUUCUGUGUUUGAUCUCGUAUAAUUAUGUCCUCUAUUCUCUCAACGUACAGGGUAAAUAUGAUAAUUGUUAUUAUUGUUAUAUUGAGAUGAGUAGCUCUAGUUCUAGUGACUCUGAACAAUCACCUAGUGAAUUCGAGGUUUCAUUAUUACGUUUACCUAUUGAUUUAAAAGUAAAAUCUCUGGAUAAAUCAGAAUUAUUAGAGCUAGGCAAACAGUUAGGUAUUCACAUCCCUCAAUCUGUUAAUAUUGAAUACUUGAGAUUCGCUGUUGACUUGGCAAAAAAGUUUGUAUUUAUGUGGACCACGAUUCAGGAGCUAGAGAUGCUCUAAGUCGAUUACUUAAGUUAGGGUCCCUGUCUCAACGCGAUCGUAUUAUCUUCCCUAUGUUAGCCGAUUACGAGCGAAUAGUAGGCAAGCUAGGCAGAAAUCAAGAACACAUCUACGACACAGUAGCUCCCGAUAACUUAGCAAAUAUCCUAAUUCCAGAAAAUAAUAUGGCAGGGAAUGAUAAAAGACCCUUUGCGAAACCCGAAAGCUAUGGGGGUACAAAGAGUGAAGACUUCAACGAGUGGUUGAAAACCUUCAAUAGGGCAGCAAAAAUAAAUAAGUGGGAUGAGGAUGAUAAAAUCUUGUAUUUACCCCUCUACCUCAAGAAAACAGCAUUGGCAAUUUUCGACAUAUUUUCGGAUAAAAAUGAAAACGCGACAUUUCUUGAUGCAGUAGGCCACUUAAAAAGUAAACUUGUAGACCCUGUUCAUGAAGAGACAACCAGACAAAAACUCGAAAACAGAAACAAAUUACCAACAGAAACAUACACAGAAUACACAGCAGAUAUAAUAAAACUUUGUCACAUUCUUGAGCCUCAAAUGUCAGAGAAAAGAAUAGUAGGAUAUGUUUUGAGAGGCUUAGACGUAGGAGCAUUGCAACAUGUUGCUUUCAUGGACAAUGCAUCAGUUGAAGAUUUAGAGAAAAAUCUCGCCAAAUAUGAAAGAUCUCGCUUCCUUCUAGACAAAAAGUUAGGAAUGCAUAAUGCUUCAAUCCUGUCAGAUGACGAAGAAGACGAUUGCCAGUUCAAGCAGAAAGGCCUCUGCUUGAUUCCGAGGAAAAAGAUGUCGAACUCCGCCACCCAAGCCACUUGUCUCCACCUUCUAACAUCAGAAGCAGACGUAUCGGAGCUACGAGAAGUCUGCAAAUUGAUUGUAAAGCAACUGACAAUCAAACCCUAA